GUGCAGACAGUGCCACUGGGAUAUCUCACUAUGAUUCCAUUAAUAUUUAUCUUAUCCUUUUAUAGCUUGUAUGGAUCCUGCCAGCUGCUAUCUGGAAGAGGUGGCGAUGUUCCACCACAAAUACUUGCAGAGAUUAAAGAAACCAACGUUGUCUUGAAAGAGGUUCGAGACCUACUGAAAAAACAGAAUAAAGAGAUAAUAUUUUUGAAAAAUACAGUUAUGGAAUGUGAUGCUUGUGGUAUACAUCCAGUUCCCAGUAAAAGUCAAGUUGUUACUAUAGCUUAUCCAAAAAGAUGUGUUCCUAAUCCCUGCUUCUCAGGAGUCACCUGUACAGAAACUUCAUCUGGAUUUAAGUGUGGCCCAUGUCCACCUGGGUAUACUGGAAAUGGAACUCAUUGUACUGACAUUAAUGAGUGCACAGCAAAUCCUUGCUUUCCGAGUGUCCGUUGUGUCAACACCUCCCCUGGCUUUCACUGUGAACCAUGCCCUCUUGGUUAUAUAGGGAAAAGAGUUGAAGGAAUUGGUUUGGAGUUUGCUAGAGCAAAUAAACAGAUUUGUCAGGAUUUGGACGAAUGUGAAAACAAGCCAUGUCCUGCUAACACUGUCUGCACCAAUACCAAGGGUUCGUAUAAAUGUUCUGCUUGUAAGUCUGGGUCAGGAGGUGAGAGCAAAAUCUUUGCUUGUAAAUCUGAAAGGAGGUGUCCAAAUGGUGAGAUUAGCAAAUGCCAUGAAAAUGCAGAUUGCGUUAUGAAAAGCGAUGGAUCCAUAGCAUGUGUGUGCAAAGUAGGAUGGGCUGGUAAUGGACUAAUCUGCGCAAAAGAUACAGACAUUGAUGGAUUUCCAGAUGAAAAACUGCGAUGUUCUGAUCUGAGAUGCAAAAAGGACAACUGUGUGACAGUGCCUAAUUCUGGUCAGGAAGAUGCUGAUAGAGAUGGUAUUGGGGAUGCUUGUGAUGAUGAUGCUGAUGGUGAUGGUAUUCAGAAUGUACAGGAUAAUUGUGUCUACUUUCCUAAUGUGGAUCAAAGAAAUGUUGAUCAAGACAACUUUGGUGAUGCCUGUGAUAACUGCCGCAACAUCAAGAAUGAUGAUCAGAAAGACACUGACCGGGAUGGGAAGGGAGAUGUCUGUGAUGAUGACAUGGAUGGAGAUAGAAUUAAAAAUGCUGUUGAUAACUGUAUAACAGUGCCUAACACUGAUCAGAAGGACACAGAUGGUGAUGGUGUAGGUGAUGUUUGUGACAGCUGUCCCACAAUUCGGAAUCCAGACCAGGCAGACGCAGACCAUGACUUAGUGGGAGAUCAAUGUGAUACUAAUCAAGAUCGAGAUGGGGAUGGUCAUCAGGACUCCCGGGAUAACUGCCCAUCCGAUAUUAAUAGCUCACAGCUGGAUACAGACAAGGAUGGCAUAGGAGAUGAGUGUGAUGAUGAUGAUGAUAAUGAUGGAAUUCCCGAUACUGCAUCACCUGGACCAGAUAACUGCAGACUUGUACCCAAUCCAGACCAAGCUGAUUCUGAUGGAAAUGGUAUUGGGGAUGCUUGUGAAGGAGACUUUGACAAAGAUUUUGUGGUUGACACAAUUGAUGUCUGUCCAGACAAUGCCGAAAUCACUCUUACAGACUUCAGAGCUUACCAGACUGUGGUAUUGGACCCAGAGGGAGAGGCACAAAUUGAUCCAAAUUGGAUUGUUUUAAAUGAGGGCAUGGAGAUUGUCCAGACAAUGAAUAGUGAUCCGGGACUAGCUGUUGGUUACACCGCAUUUAAUGGAGUAGACUUUGAAGGGACAUUUCACGUUAACACUGAAACAGAUGAUGAUUACGCUGGAUUUAUAUUUGGCUAUCAGGACAGCUCUAGUUUCUAUUCUGUAAUGUGGAAACAGAUGGAACAAACAUAUUGGCAGGCAAACCCCUUUAGAGCAGUGGCCGAACCUGGCAUUCAACUAAAGGCUGUCAAAUCAAAGACUGGACCUGGAGAACAGCUCAGGAACUCUUUGUGGCACACGGGUGACACAGUGAACCAAGUCAAGCUGUUAUGGAAGGAUCCAAGAAAUGUAGGAUGGAAAGAUAAGACAUCUUACCGUUGGUUCUUGCAACACAGGCCAUCUGUAGGUUACAUCCGGGUUAAGUUUUUUGAAGGUCCAGAAUUAGUAGCAGACUCUGGGGUUAUACUGGACACCACUAUGAGGGGAGGACGCCUUGGAGUCUUUUGUUUCUCCCAGGAAAACAUAAUUUGGUCUAACCUAAGAUACCGUUGCAAUGAUACCAUACCAAACGACUAUGAAACAUUUAAAGAGCAGAGGCGUCAAGGGUGAAGUUGGAAGCCGCUUUGAGUAAUGCACAGUCUUCCAGCAUAAAUACACAGCACAGUUUGCAUUUGUUCACUUGCCUGAAAUGCUCAAUUGAAUUUAUGUGCACAUGUGAUAGGAUAAAUAAAGAUUAGAAACAGAGUUCUUGCUCUAAUACCAUCGUCAUGGUGAAUACAUGCUCAUCUAUAGAAAACCACUGGCUUGGGAGCUACAGGGAAGCUCUCAGGGGCUCCAUAUAUUGAUCUCCAGUCAAUGGGAACCAUGAACACUAUUGUGCCUUUAUAGCUUUAGGCAUAUCAUAUUAUUGCUGAAACCUGACUUUAGGGUCAAGACCAUAUCAAUGGCAGUUUUUUUUUUUUAUGUGAUCCAUGCCCAGUGAUUGUCUAGUUUAGAGCUGGAUUUACUUUAAAUGCAUAGUAGUCUUUCUUGUUAAUAAUAUCAUGAUUCAUCAUAUCAAUCGUUCAUUAAAGGGUUGUCUGAGAUUUUGAUAUUGAUGGCUGAUCCUCAGGGUAACUGAUCAGUAGGGGUCCAACUCCACGCACCACCACCAAUCAACUGUUGAUGGCUUCCUCACAGCGCCAUCCAUUGUAUAGUGACUGUGCUUUGUAUUUCAGCCAAGGCUCAUUCACUUGACUGGGACUGUGCUGCGCUUAAGCUAUGUGACUGAUGAACAUUACAUCACUGGCCUAGGAGGAGGUUGCAACUCUCCAUAGGAUCAGCCAUGAAUAUAAAAAUCUCAGACAACCCCUUUAAAUUGUAUACUUUUUGUGUGUAGAUGACAGCUCUGACAAGAACUUACUAAUGUGUGC